GAUUCAUAAAUAAGAGAAUAGUAAUUAAUUAAAUUUUUUAUUUGAAAUUUUGUGAGAAGGAAAAAGAAGAUACUACGGCAGCCAUGGAUACCGGUGCUGCUCCGCCUCGGGAUAACACCAACAUUAUCCACAGCCUCCAGUGCUUCACUGCUGAUGAAAUCGCAAAGUAUAAUAAGUAUGAAGCAGAUUAUGCUAGUUACCUGAGGGCGAAAUACUUCUCUGACAAGGAUGUCUACGGAGGUGACAUAUAUGACCUUACAGUCGAAGUAGGCAAUGAAACCAUAAAAGCUAGCAGGUGGUCUCCGACUCGAUCAUUUGCAGAACCUGCGCAGAGUGUUGUAGACCCUUGCCAUGUUUUGGCUUCUGAAGUAGAACUACCCGCUCCAGGGGCUGAACCUUCUCCAAACAUUGCAAAUGGCAGUAUAACUCCAGUUAAGAAGAGCAGCCGAUGAUAUUUGUUUUUACUUUUUAGCAAAUCUACAGCAUUUGAAUUUGAGAAAUGCUGAAAAAAUAAUCAUAAUAUGGUGAAUAGUGCAUAAAACUUGGCUUCUUUUUUUUCUUUUAAAAAAAAUUAUUUAGUAGAAAAAUACUUCCCAAAACUAGACUCCUUACUGUUCCUUGCAAUGCCAAAAUAGCCUAUACUUUGCCAAAACUACAAAAAAAAUUAAGAAGUCAUUGUUAUAUGCACUAUUAACAUAUAAUUGUUAUUUUUAUACAAUCCCUCAAUUUGGAUUAAUUUAAUAUAUAUUCAUGUUAAAACGUUUAGGGUGAUUGACCAAUUAAAAAAAUUUAGGGAAAAAAUUGAGUUGGCAAUUGACAAGACCUAUUAUG